CUUUAGGACAACGUUCUCAAAUCGAACCUAUUUUAACAGUUUGGCUAUCAAAAAACUAGUUUGUCACACUCAAAGUUGACAAAAACCUCGAAGGUGUCGCAUCAGCAAAUUGUCAAUAUAGUGCUGUUUUUUCCUCAUUUCAACAUACAAAGGAGGUGUUUUCACAUUAAUGUUUUUUAGAGUGAGCCGACCUGUCGGGCCGGGCGAACGUUACACGCUCAAGCGGCCUUGCCAACUCUCAUGAGGAAAAAUAAAUAAAAAUAAAGACUUUAUGAUAACCUGUUCUGUGCAUCAGUAAGACGUUAUUAUCUCUUUAAAACAACUGUGCUACACGUAAGUCUAGAGAAAAAAGAAGAAAUUCGAAUUUCGAAAAACGAAGAUGUUAAAACCAUUCCUAUUCGUGGUUCUGCUGGCGGCGGCCCAUUGUCAAGACAACAAUGGCGACCUGGAGUCCGUAUUGUCUCAGAUCUUCGGGAAGCCCCCGGGAGGUGAUGCCGGCGCCGCCGGCGCCGCCGCAGUCACCCAAGCUCCUGUCAUACCUGAAAACAAGAAUCAGGGGCCAGUAGCUUCGACUAUUGUGCCUGGUGUGGCGCCUAACGCAGGAAAUGCAGCUGACACGUCCUGCAGGACCGAUAAGGGGGAAGUUGGAGAGUGUGUGCGCUACUUCCUGUGCAACAACAAUAACAACACCAUCAACACAGACGGAUUCGGCAUCAUUGACAUUCGUAUCCGCGACGGCCCUUGCGAGUCAUACCUGGACUCCUGCUGCCUAGUGCCCGACCAGCGGCCUCCAGAAGACCCCAUCACUCCUAAACCACCACCAAAGGAAGAACAGAAACAAGGUUGCGGAUGGAGAAAUCCCCAGGGUGUGGGUUUCCGUACGACGGGAGAUGUGGACGGAGAGUCCAAGUUCGGAGAGUUCCCAUGGAUGGUGGCCAUCUUGAAGAUCGAACCGGUUAGCGCUACAGAUGUGAACGGUCAACAACUAAACGUGUACGUUGGUGGAGGAUCCCUGAUCCACCCCAGCGUAGUGCUGACCACCGCCCACUACGUGGCUAAAGCCAACAAACUGCGAGUCCGCGCCGGCGAAUGGGACACGCAGACAACUAAGGAGAUCUAUCCCUAUCAGGACCGCGACGUGGGAUCUGUUGACAUACACAAGGACUUCAAUGGAGGUAAUCUGUUCUACGAUAUCGCGUUGUUGUUCCUGACGCAGCCCAUGGACCUGGCGCCUAACGUGGGGGUGGCGUGCUUGCCGCCGCCCAUGCAGAAGGCGACCCCCGGCACCAGGUGCUUCGCCACCGGCUGGGGCAAGGACAAGUUCGGCAAGGAGGGACGCUACCAGGUCAUACUUAAAAAGAUCGAGUUACCGGUGGUAUCGCACAAGUCAUGCCGCGACUCGCUCCGUAAGACGAGACUGGGGAGGUUGUUUGAGCUGCACUCCACCUUCAUGUGUGCUGGAGGAGAGGCCGGCAAGGACACUUGCAAGGGAGACGGUGGCUCUCCCCUCAACUGCCCUAUAGAAUUCCAGAACGACAGAUACGUGCAGAAUGGCAUGGUCGCGUGGGGUAUCGGGUGCGGGGAAGACGGCACCCCCGGCGUGUACGUUGAUGUCUCCGUACUGCGGCACUGGAUCGACGAAAAGGUAGCCGGCAAGGGAUACGAGCCCGAAGUCUACUCCCGAUACUAAACAAUGCGGCAAUACUACAGAACAACUGCAACUUUAAAGCAUUUUAUUCUAGAUUAUAGACGUCGACUCACUGUAUGAAUGCUACUUUAUGCCGUGGAAAUACUCUUUAAAGAAUUGAGUCAUUGUUUGACAAACUCUUUUUAUUUUCUUUUUUAUUUUUAUUUGGAUCUUUUUCUGGUUUACAUUGAUAUUUUUAUGUAAACAUACUGUGUUGUAUUGUAUCUCUUAAUUAACUUUAUAAAAAUCUGUCAGGUGCAAAUUGGCUG